GUGGUUAAUGACCAAAUAAUAAAUCUACAACUUCUCAAGUAUAGUUGUUCCACAAACUCCUUUCUUCUUCAAGUUUUUAUAAACUCGACUACUAGUCUUUACUAUCACGAUUUACAACAAUGGGAUUCCGUCUUCCAUCUGUAAUUCCUGCCAAGAAACUUCUUCAGCGUUCUCUUUCAAAUUCAAGUCAAGGAGCUUCGAAUAAUUUAGCUGAUGUCCCAAAAGGUUAUUUUCCAGUUUAUGUUGGCGAGAGUGAGAAACAGCGGUUUGUUGUUCCUAUAUCAAUCCUCAACCAGCCUGCAUUUCAAGACUUGCUAAGUGCGGCUGAAGAAGAAUUCGGAUUUGAUCACCCAAUGGGCGGUCUGACAAUUCCCUGCAGACAAGAUGCCUUCCUUGAUCUUAUUUCUAGCUUGAAAGCAUUAUGAGAUUGGAUAAUGGAGAACAAUUACAUGAACUCUGUGAUUGUCACACAAUUUUGUGCAAAGGAAUAUUUACACAUUUUUUUUUCGAUUGAGGAGGGAGAAUUAUUGUCUCCCCAGAUCGGAUAAUGCAUGUAAAUGGAGAUUUUAGCAAUAUUCAUAGCUUCUUUAAUAUAGAAAAAGAAUCCUCAUUUACUUAA